ACAUUUAAAUAUAACCUAUAACGUGUAAAAACUGUUUACUACUGUUAAGUGCACUUUUCUUGAUUUUUAUAAAUAUAUAUUAUUAUUAUUAUUAUAUAUAUAAUAUAUAUAUAUAAUUAUUAUAUAUAAUAAUAUAUAAAAUAAUAAUAUAUAAAAAUUUGUAACUUGACGCAGUAUUAUAAAAUGGAAGAAAUGGAUAUAGGAAGCGAUGAAAGUAACGAUAAAAAUUUACAUGAAAAUUCGAACAGAAAGAUCGAAUCAAAAAUGAUUAAAAAUGAAACUGAAGAAAUUAAGAAUGAGUUUGAUGAAGAACAGGAUAAAGAUGAUGAUGAUGAUGAUGAUGAUGAUGAUGAUGAUGAAGAGGAUGCUGACGAAGCAGAAGUUAAAAUUUUAGAAACUUCUCUUGCUCACAAUCCAUAUGAUUAUGCGAGUCAUGUAGCCCUUAUUAAUAAAUUACAAAAAAUGGGUGAAUUAGAACGAUUACGCGCUGCCAGAGAAGAUAUGAGUUCAAAGUAUCCUUUGAGUCCUGAUCUCUGGUUAUCUUGGAUGCGUGAUGAAAUUAAAUUAGCAACCACUAUAGAACAGAAAGCUGAAGUAGUAAAAUUAUGUGAGCGAGCAGUAAAAGAUUAUCUUGCUGUAGAAGUAUGGUUAGAAUAUUUGCAAUUUAGUAUUGGUAAUAUGGGCACUGAAAAAGAUGCAGCAAAAAAUGUUAGACAUCUCUUUGAAAGAGCAUUAACAGAUGUUGGGUUACAUACUAUUAAAGGUGCAAUAAUAUGGGAAGCAUUUCGAGAGUUUGAAGCUGUGUUAUAUGCUCUGAUUGAUCCUUUAAAUCAAGCUGAAAGGAAAGAGCAAUUAGAACGUAUUGGUAACUUAUUCAAAAGACAAUUAGCUUGUCCUCUUUUAGAUAUGGAAAAAACAUAUGAAGAAUAUGAAGCUUGGCGUCAUGGAGAUGGUACAGAAGCUGUUAUUGAUGAUAAAAUUAUUAUUGGAGGAUAUAAUCGAGCUCUUUCAAAGCUUAAUCUUCGUUUACCUUAUGAGGAAAAAAUUGUUUCUGCACAAACAGAAAAUGAACUAUUAGAUUCAUACAAAAUAUAUUUAUCAUAUGAACAACGUAAUGGUGAUCCUGGAAGAAUCACAGUUUUGUAUGAAAGAGCAAUCACUGAUCUUAGUUUGGAAAUGUCAAUUUGGCUUGAUUACCUUAAGUAUUUAGAAGAAAAUAUUAAAAUUGAAUCAGUUUUAGAUCAAGUAUAUCAAAGAGCUUUAAGAAAUGUUCCUUGGUGUGCAAAAAUAUGGCAAAAAUGGAUAAGAUCAUACGAAAAAUGGAACAAAUCGGUAUUAGAAGUUCAAACUUUAUUAGAAAAUGCUUUAGCAGCUGGAUUCUCUACUGCUGAAGAUUAUCGAAAUUUAUGGAUAACUUAUUUGGAAUAUUUACGACGAAAAAUCGAUCGUUAUUCUACAGACGAAGGAAAACAACUAGAAAUAUUACGUAAUACUUUUAAUAGAGCUUGUGAACAUUUGGCAAAAUCAUUUGGCUUAGAAGGAGAUCCUAAUUGUAUUAUAUUGCAAUAUUGGGCAAGAACUGAAGCUAUACAUGCUAAUAACAUGGAAAAAACUAGGUCAUUAUGGGCUGAUAUCUUGUCACAAGGACAUUCCGGAACAGCAUCUUAUUGGUUGGAAUAUAUUUCAUUAGAAAGAUGUUAUGGAGAUACGAAACAUUUGAGGAAAUUAUUCCAAAAAGCUUUGACCAUGGUAAAAGAUUGGCCAGAAAGCAUAGCAAAUUCUUGGAUAGAUUUUGAACGAGAUGAAGGAACAUUAGAACAAAUGGAAAUAUGUGAAAUACGAACAAAAGAAAAAUUAGAUAAAGUUGCUGAAGAAAGACAGAAAAUGCAACAAAUGUCCAAUCAUGAAUUAUCUCCGUUACAAAACAAAAAAACUCUUAAAAGAAAACAAGACGAAACUGGUAAAUGGAAAAAUUUAGGAUCUUCUCCAACAAAAAUUACAAAAGUUGAAAUGCAAAUUAAACCAAAAAUUAGAGAAAGUCGUUUAAAUUUCGAAAAAAAUACUGAUUCUGAAGAACAAAAACUAAAAACUGCGCCUCCGCCUGGUUUCAAAAUGCCGGAAAAUGAACAAAUGGAAAUAGAUAAUAUGCAUGAAAUGGAUGACAAAAGUACAGUUUUUAUAAGUAAUUUAGAUUACACAGCAAGCGAAGAAGAAGUUAGAAAUGCUUUACAACCAGCAGGACCAAUUACAAUGUUUAAAAUGAUACGAGAUUAUAAAGGACGUAGUAAAGGAUAUUGUUAUGUACAACUCAGUAACAUGGAAGCAAUUGACAAAGCUUUACAAUUGGAUAGAACUCCUAUAAGAGGGCGACCAAUGUUUGUUUCAAAAUGCGAUCCAAACAGAACACGAGGAUCUGGAUUUAAAUACAGCUGCUCUCUUGAAAAAAACAAGCUUUUUGUUAAAGGACUUCCGGUAUCAACAACAAAAGAAGAGCUUGAAGAAAUUUUCAAGGUUCACGGAGCAUUGAAGGAAGUCCGUAUAGUUACUUACCGUAAUGGUCAUUCUAAAGGGUUGGCUUACGUCGAAUUUAAGGACGAAAACAGUGCCGCGAAGGCACUUCUGGCCACUGAUGGAAUGAAAAUAGCCGACAAAGUAAUUAGUGUAGCCAUAAGCCAACCACCUGAACGCAAGAAAGUACCAGCGACUGAAGAACCGCUCUUAGUUAAAUCUCUAGGUGGUACUACAGUAAGCAGAACUACAUUUGGUAUGCCCAAAACAUUAUUAUCUAUGGUACCUCGUACUGUCAAAACCGCUGCUACUAAUGGCAGUGCAAAUGUGCCUGGAAAUGGUGUUGCUCCAAAAAUGAAUAAUCAAGAUUUUAGAAAUAUGUUACUGAAUAAAAAGUAAUUUACUACAACGUCGCUAAUUUCUUAAAUUUCAAUUUCAUCCUUGUUUUUUUCGAAUGUGCUUUAAUAUAUGUAUAUAUGAGAAAAGCAUUCAAUUACAUAUUUCUUAAAGCACUAUAUAUAAUGAACAAAAUCUCUUUUAGAGAUUUAAGAGUUUAUUUAAAAAGAAAACAAAAAAAAUGAAGGGAAUAAAACUAAGAAUCACAAAUUCUUAGAAAAUAAAUAUGUUUAAUGUAAGAAAUAUUUAUAUAUACAAGAUGAAUGUGUGCAAGGUGAGCGAUGUUACUCUAACUAUAAAACGAGAACAAUUUUCCCAUCACGCAUACAUUACAAUGUCACGAAGAUAUAUGUAUACUUUUCUCGCACAGACACGCAUGAUAGAAAAAUACUCUGAAUACAUAUAAAAGAAAAAAUGAACAAAGGAAGUUACAUUGCAAAUAGUAACAAAUCAGGGUGACCAUUUUUCUUUUAUCUUAAUGAGAAAAAAUUCUUUUUUUAUGUAUACAUAUAUUACAUAUACAUACAUGACCUAUUAUUGUUAAAAGAUAUUGUAAAAUAAUGUCGAAGCAGCAUUUACAGAAAUUAUUACAGAAUUAUACAGUUCUUUUUACUUUUCUUUGUGCAUAUUUGGUCACCCUACCAUCAAGUACAAAUAUCCUUCUACAGCUGCAGUGGUGCAUUGGACGUGUUGUGUUUUUUAUGCCUCGGUGGAGCGACAGGUGGACUUUCAGGUGUCAACCUCCUCGCCAUAAGCCAUUUUUUGGCUCGGCCAGAGUGAUAGUAAUACGCAUAAAGCAACGCCAUAGCCGCCAGUACAACCAACAGGCACGUACCAGCGAUAAUAACACUGAAUAACCAAUAUGAUCCACUCGGCUCUGGCACCAAUGUUGGCUCCGUUGGCGAUUUUUCUCCUGGAACCGAUUUCGGAAUUGGUGGCUCUGCAGGUGGAAGAGGUUCUACGUCAUCUCCGAUGGUAAUAUCAGCGCAAGCACGAAAUUCUUCUUGAGGACCGCAACCUACAGCUCCUAUAUUGUCAAAGAAGAACAGUUUAUAAUUUUAUGUUAUGAAAUUAUUAUUGAUUAAUUUUUAAAAAUAAGGUAAAUUAUUUUAUUUGCAACUAUAAGCAUUUUUUUCUUCUUUUUUUUCUAUUUUUAUUUCUUUGUAAAUUGAAUUUGAUAAAUCUCAUUUUUUAUAAUUUACUUUAUAUAUAAUAAUGAGUAUGUAGUAAUUGAUUUACAUAUUAAUCUUUAAAAAUUAUUUAUUAAUAUAUUAUAAAUAUAUCAAUAAGUGAAAAUAAUUUUGCAGUUAUUCUUUUUUUUUUUUUAGUUUAUAUUGUAUUAUAUUGCACUUCAGAGAAAAAAAUUCAUAAUAUUACAUUGGAAGCACUGUAUAUGUAAAAUAAUAUUUAAAACAUGUAAAAAUAGAAGUAUUAUGAUGAAUAAUUUUGAAAUAAAUGUUUGUAUAUGAGAUCUGAAAAUAAUAAAGCGAUUGCUUAAGGAUAAA